AUGGAGAGCGACGAGGUGGCCGAGGCCGAGCAGCACGCCGCCGCGAGGGCGAUGCUGAAGAAGGAGUUCAGCUCCAAGUCCCUGUCCCUCCGGCAGCAGUCGUUCAGGCGGUCGUCGGCGGGAUCCGACUGGAGCGAAGACGACUCGGGGUCAGUCAGCGAGUGGGGGGGCGCCGGGUCGGACGGGGCCGGGGUCGGCGCGCGGCGCGCGACGGAAGUCCCGACGCGCGGCGCCGGCGUCCUCGGCAAGAACCUCUCGGAGCAGCUCGCGGAACGGAGGGCGAUGCGCGCGCUGGGCACCAGGCUCUCCAAGAUGGCGUUGCCCGAGAAUGCGCCCGCCGACGGACGCGACGGGACGAUCGACGGAAAGCCGGGAAAGUCCGGCAUCACCGCCGAGAUGCGGCGCAGGUUCAAGGCCGUCGCCGACGCCGCCGCGUUCGCCAGCUACGUCCGCAAGCAGGUCGCCAAGCGACGGGCCGCGAAGGAAGCGCUCGCGGCACUCGCGAGGGAAGAACCCGCCACGCGAAGCCCAGCGGAGGAUGCGUUCAAAGCCUCGGAGACCAUAGGAGACACCGACGACGACGACGACGACGACGACGACGUGACCGCGCGACCCGGCGACGAGGAGACCACGGGGCGGAGGAUGUCGGUGCCGGAGAGCGCGGCGCGUUCGCUCCCGUCCCUGCGGGAGGGCGACGAAGACGAAGCCGACGAAGACGACGACACAGCUGGCGACCCGGUCAAAAAAGGCGCCGACCGGGACCCGCCGCCGCCGAGCCGCGAGCCGCGACGACGACGGGGCUCCAUCGAUUACGACAGGUUCCGUCAACCCAGGCCGAACGUCACGAACGCCGCCGGGUCGUCGGCGGACGGGGAGACGAGGGAGACGUUUCGGUGGCGUAGGGCGUCGAGGGUCAACAUCGCGAUUGGUUUACCCCCGGAGCUCUUCGAGGACGACGACGACGCGUACGACGAGGACGUCUUACUCGCGACUCGGACGCUUCGUGACGCUUCUGGAAGCUUCAGCGUCGAGCACGCGGCAUCGAGGGCGGCGGCGCCCGCGGCGAACGCGCGGGACGAGCUGCGGCGGCGGAUCAGGGCAAAGAACGGCGGAGACUUGCCGGAUGCAUCCAGAACCGUUCCGGCGGAUGAGGAGCGGGCCGUGCGGAUCGCCGCCGCGCGCGUCGCCGCCGCUAAAACGCUCUCCGACGCCUACGACGCCAACGUGCGCGCGGCGAGGGACCGCGCGGGGGGAACGAAGCCGCCGCGGCCGGCGCCGAAGCGGCCCAUCUACGCGUCGCGGAGCACGAGUCGCGGGCAAGACGUGGCGAACUCGGCGAAAAAAGACGCGGCAAAAAAAAACGCGGAGCACUACGGCAAGUGGUUCCUCGCCCCCGAGCUCAAGUCUGCGGUCAGCUUCGAGCGCGACAGGGACCGGUACGAGCUCCUCGUCGGCGGGGAGGACGCCAGGGUGGCACGGGAGCUUCGGGACGCGGAGGCGGAGCUGCGGAAACGUCUGGAAACGUCCUUCGGCGCGAGGGCGUACAAGCGCUGGAUCGCGGACACUCGAGGUUCCGGAUCCGUUCCCGGGUAUCUCAAGUCGGUGGAGGCGGCCGCGGACGACGGAUCCGCCGCCUCGGUGCAACGCGCGAGGCGUCGAAGCGAGGUGGCGGGACGCGGCAUGUUCAGGUCCGGGAAGGCUCCGCCGUUGGGCGAGUCGCCCUUCGCGUCCGUCGGGACGGUGAGAGUUUCGUCGCCCGCGGAUGUUGCCGGGUUGAGACCCGGGGAUCGGAUCGUCUCGUUCGGGGGAUUGGUCGGUACGUUCGGCGCGGUCACCGCUCGGUUGUUCGGUCCUGCCGGUCUGUUGGAGGAGUUGCGACGGGCGGACGGGACGUUCGCGGGGGAGGCGGCGACGGUGUGGCUGAUGCGCGACGCCAAGCUGAGGAAGGUUGAGGUCACGCCGAGGCGAUGGAGGGAUGGGGACACCGUCGACUUGCUCGGGUGCGAUCUGGUACCCACGCCGGAGGGCGCGGACGAGGACGGCGGGAACGGCGGGAACGGCGAGGACGCGGGAAAGUCGUCGAGGUCGUCGGGGUUUGAGAGACGCUGA